GCGAGACUUCAUGUAAGGUAGCGAGGUCACCACAUAAUUCACAUGAGUGUUUGUGAUUGUAUUUUGAAUUUUUUAUCCUGUAUAUAAAUAUGUUUUGUUGCGAAAGAUAGACAGAUAUGGUGGUGCUUGUAUUUUAAAUUGUUAGAUUAUGUGACGGGAAAUCAUUGACCAAAAUUUGCAGAUAAGGCAUGGGAAAGAAAAAGCAAUUUAUCAAUAAGAAAAAUGCAGUCAGUUUUCUUUUGGUUCAUCGUAGCCAACGUGAUCCUUUACAAGCUGAUGAGUACAGUUCAAAACAUGUCCUUUUACCACUUGAUGACAGUAACAAAGCUUUGGAUGAUGGAAAUCAGACCACUGGAUCUGAAAAGUUAGUACGAGUUGAAGCAGAAAAACGUCGUCAAGAGCAGCAGAGCUAUGGUGUGUUUUAUGAUGAUGACUACGAUUAUCUACAGCAUUUGAAACCCAGGACAAACCCAAGCCUUGAACCACUUCCGUACAAUAUCACUGUCGUUGAGGCAAAAAAGUCGAAAAGGAAGCAGUUUGGCAAUGUUUCUCUACCCACAGAAGCGUUUGGUUCAACUUGCGAGGAAGACGAAGGACUUCUUAAUCUUGCUGCUACGGUCCCAGGUCCUCGACCGGACUGGGACCCAGAUAUUGUUGCUGCGUUAGACGACGCGCUUGAUCUAGACGAUCCGGACAACAUACUAGAAGAUGAUUUUGUUUUGAAAGCAAAUGAAUCUCACGAAGAAACCAGGUUUCGUCUUGGAGAAAAUUGCGAAAGUGACGAAGAGUACUAUUUUUCGGACUGCGACUAUUCCGAUGACAACCAGUUCAGCGAUGCUGCUAUCUCGGACGACGAUCACGUGUCAAAAUUUUCAAAAUAUUCAAUGACGUCAUCCGUAAUACGGCGAACUCAAGAACUUUGCCUUCUUGACGAUCGUUUUGAAAAGAUAAUGGAAGAUUACGAUGACAAUGAAAUUGGAGCGUUAAAUAAUGAAGAAGUGACAGGCGAUUGCGGUUUCAACGAUCCGUUGAUCAACAGCAUUACGAAUGAUCUAAUUAAAGACGACGAUAACAACAGCAUUUCUGAUAAAGAGAAUUUGAAAGUGCCAAAAGUUCACUUUGACAUUUGUGAGAAUAACUCAUCAAAUUUUGAUGGCGAGGAAUUUGUAAAGAUUGAAGAAGUAGCAAACGAACAGUGGGACUGCGAGUCAAUUUUAAGCACUUAUUCGAAUUUGUACAACCAUCCCACACUAAUUAAAGAAUCUUCAAAGAAUCUCGGCGACAAGCGUAUUGCCCUGUCAAAACGUGAUGGAAUCCCCUUGGGAGUGCUUUCAGAUGGAAAGAAAGACAAAAUUACGAAGUCUUCUGAAAUGAAAGUUUCUGACAAUGCUCAUAGACAACUUGAAAACUAUAACAGGUCACGUGACGAAACGAAGGAAGAGAAAAGGGCGCGAAAACAAAAAGUCAAGAACGAAAGACAGAUGAGAAGAUCGCAGAAGAAAUGCAACAAAUUGCUUUUUAAAGAAGAGCGAAAAAGACAAGAAAAGUCGCAAACAGCAAUUUUGAUGGGGCAUAAAAUACAAUAAAUGGUCGUCCGAGGUAUCGAUGUAAGUUUUGUCGCCAUUUGUAAUAUUGGUAAUAGCUAACUUUUCUUUCGUGGCACGCUUGGUCAUCUUUGUAUUUGUGUGCUAUCUUUAGUAGCUAUUGCAACGAUUGUGACAGUUGACCUUAUCAUCUAACUCAAAAACUUUCAGGAACAUAUUUUAUCUCGUUGUUUUUAAAGUUUGUAACACUGGCAAUAGAUUUUGUUGGCGGAAAACGUAUUUUUGUCAACAGCAAGCCCAGCUUAUUGCAGGUAAAUGAAUAGCCGUUAUAAUAAAAAAAACCCAUAAAAUAUCAGAAUAUAAAUGAAAUAAAAAUUUUUCUUUACAUUUUGUAAUCAUAAUGGUUUUUCAUGCACUUGCAAUAAGCUGUGCUUUAAUGUUUAUAACAAGUUUCUGACAUUAACAGCGUCGUCGUAAAGAAGUAAUUUUCGAGUGGGCUCAACAAGGCCUCAGAGAUGGUAGAGGGCAACAAUUAUGAAAAAGAAAACAUAUUUGUUUGUUUACAUAUAGUUAUAGAAAAACACUUGGGAAUUUUUGUAAGGAACGAGAAUUUGCGUGGCAAAGAUCUGUUCAUUUCUCGUACAUUUUUUUAACUGUUCA